CAAUAUAAUAGUUUUUGGCUUCAAAUUUAUAUUUACUUUAAAAUUAACUACAUCUUGCAACCACAAAUUUGUUUGUUACGAGUCAGCUGACGCGCUGAAUUAAUUUGGCAUUAGUUUCGCAAUAUGGCAUUACGGCUAUCUACCGUAUUUGGUAAAUUUCGAAUAACUUUCAGGAGGCAAUUUAGCACGGCCGUUGGUUUCUCCUAUGCUUAUAAGCCAUGGAAUCGCAACUAUCCCACACAAACGCCAACAAAUGUGCGUCAAUCACAUGAACCAAGUAAAAAGCGUGGAAAGUAUAAAAUUGUGAUGGUUCGUCAUGGAGAAUCUGAAUGGAAUAAAAGCAAUCAGUUUUGCGGUUGGUAUGAUAGCGCGCUUAGUGAAAAGGGAUUAGAUGAGGCAAAAGCAGCAGCAAAAGCUUUAAAGAAUGCGGGCUAUAAAUUUGACUACGCUCAUACCUCUCUACUUUGUAGAGCUAUCAUCACACUGGACAUAAUAUUGAAAGAAAUUGGACAAACGGAUAUACCCAUUUGUAAAACAUGGCGUCUAAAUGAGCGUCAUUAUGGUAAUCUCAUUGGGUUAAAUAAAGCCGAAACGGCUGCAAAAUAUGGUGAAAAGCAAGUUCAAAUAUGGCGCAGAAGCUUUGCUACGCCUCCUCCGCCCAUGGAAAAGGAUCAUCCGUACUACAAUAACAUUGUUAACGAUGAACGUUAUAGAGAUGGUCCUAAAAGAGAGGAGUUUCCCAUGUUUGAAUCACUGAAACUCACUAUAGAGCGAACGCUACCCUAUUGGAAUGAAGUAAUAGUACCGCAAAUAAAAGAAGGCAAACUGAUUAUUAUUUCGGCUCAUGGAAAUAGUCUGCGAGGAAUAGUUAAGCAUUUAGAUAAUCUAUCCGAAGAUCAAAUAAUGGCACUGAAUUUACCCACUGGUAUACCGUUUAUUUAUGAAUUGGAUGAGUGCAUGAGACCAGUUGUUUCCAUGAAAUUUUUAGGCGAUGAAGAAACUGUACGAAAAGCAAUGGAAGCUGUUGCUGCGCAAGGAAAAGCCAAGUAGAUUCGACGCUAUCAAAAUUAUAUGCAAUAUGUAAUACAGAUUAACUGAAGAAAAUUAUAAAGUUUGUCCAAGUCUAAAUCAAAUGAAAAAAAACGUAAAAUUGACACUUAUUCUAGGAUCGCAUUAUAAGUAAUUAUAAAAUAUAAUCUGUAUUCGGCAAAAGUACUAUGUCAUCUUUUCAUCUUGUGAAAUGCAUCUCUUCAAAUUCCCACUUGCUGAAUAGCUGAAU